GCUCCUGGCCAGCUGGUAAGAAAGACCAUCCAGUACUGAUGAGAAAGAAACCAAAGGGAGAACAUGAAAAGAUGACAAGAAAAGCCAAAUGAUGUUGAUCUAGGAGGACCUUAUUAUACUAUUAUGUUGCAUUACAUUUCUAUGCUGAACAUGCAAUGCACAAACAUAUAUACUCUCUGCAUUUUCUGUCUUUGUUUUCCCUACGCUCUUCUUCUCGCCCUCUCUGUAUCACAGGCACGCAUAAAUCAUGGCAGUUUUUUCUAGCGGAAUAAUUGCCAUGUUUCACUUUAGUUUCGCAAUCAUCAUUAUGUCUUUUACAGGCUUCCACUUUGUGCGACAAGUAGAAUCCCUAGGCAUAAAUUAUGGCCAAAUUGGCAACAAUUUACCACAGCCACAGAUAGUUCUGCAACUUUUGAGAUCUCUCAAGAUCACAAAAGCAAGAAUCUACGACACAGAUCCACAAGUUUUGACAGCAUUUGCCAAUUCAGGGGUUUCUCUUAUUGUGACAAUCGAAAAUGACAUGCUCGCUACUAUAAUGGAUCAGCAGCAAGCCCUUCAGUGGGUAACACACCGCAUUAAGCCGUAUGUUCCAGACACUAAGAUCACUGGAAUUGCAGUCGGGAAUGAGGUCUUCACAGGAGACGAUGUAACCCUAAUUGACAAGCUGGUGCCGGCAAUAAUAAGCAUUCAUAAAGCUUUAGUAGACCUUGGGCUAGAUCAGUUUAUACAAGUGUCCACCCCUUCUUCUCUAGCUGUUCUUGCUAAUUCAUUCCCGCCAUCAGCUGGAUGUUUCCAGCCUGAGCUCAACGAGAUCAUGACACAAUUUCUACACUUCUUGUCAAAUACUAAAUCCCCCUUUUGGAUUAAUGCAUACCCUUAUUUUGCAUAUAAGGACGAUCCUAGUGGUAUACCUUUGAACUAUGUGCUUUUUAACCCAAACGACGGAAUGGUUGAUCCUCACACAAAGCUGAAGUAUGACAAUAUGUUAUAUGCUCAAGUUGAUUCAGUUGUUUAUGCUAUGGCCAGACUCGGAUUUGGAGGGAUUGAAGUUAAAGUUUCAGAGACAGGUUGGCCAUCGCAAGGCGAUCCUAAUGAGGUUGGAGCAACCGCAACAAAUGCAGCAAUCUACAAUCGAAAUUUGUUGAGAAGACAGAUGAAAAAUGAAGGGACUCCUUUAAAGCCUAAACUGAAACUCGAUGUCUAUCUGUUUGCUCUGUUUAAUGAGGACAUGAAGCCUGGACCAGCGUCUGAGAGAAACUAUGGUCUCUACGAACCUGAUCUAACUAUGGCGUAUAAUGUUGGAUUAUCAUCAGCCACAUCAACAGCAACCAUUUCGCUCAGUUCAUCUGCUGAUCAUCUGGUGCCGAAGAUGGACUAUCGUAGCUUGAUAUACUCAAUGUUUGUACAAAUGCUGGCAUUACAAAUUUUCAUGAGGAGAUACAUUUAGAAGUAAAUAAAAGAAGCUCCAAGUUCUGUUUCACUUUCGCCACAAUCUGCUGCUCGAUUUCAUGAUUCUCAGCAAGCAAAACUCAGAGGCUCGACAAGCCACCAAUCAGGAACAUCUUAGUCAUGGCUUCAUCUUUUUGCAGGCUAGAGAUUUAGCAAACUAGUAGUUGUUACAUGGUCCUAUUGUUCAAAAAUUAGAAUACAUACCUGAAGAAUAUAUAUUUUGUAUCUUUAAAUAAUAUGAUCUUUUUCUUUUAUGAAAA